UUGCGGGAGAUAAUCAGAUGUUAAGGAGGUGCGAGUCUAGCCUUCCCGGGCGCAGCGCUCCCCACACCCCCGCGCCACCCUGGGCCGGGCGCGCCCCGCACCCCAGCUAAGCCCGGCGAGCCUCCCGCAUUGCCUCCGCCCCUGGUCCCGCUCCACUCCUCUUCCUCCACUCCUCCUCCUCCGCCUUCCCACCGCCCUCCUGGGCUGGUUCGCCUGCAGGAAACGGCCCCUCCCGGUCUCGAGCCGCCGGCAGCUGCAGGCCUCUGAGCUCAACCUAAGCUCCCUCUUUCUUGGGAACACAAGAGGGACAUGGCUUCACCCACCUCCAGCAACCCAGCACACGCCCACUUCGAGAGCUUCCUGCAGGCCCAGCAGUGCCGGGAUGUUCUGACCAGCUUCCAGGGGCUAUGUGAGGCCCUGGGGCUACAGCCUGGCGGGGGGCUAUCCCAGUACCACAAGAUCAAGGCCCAGCUCAACUACUGGAGUGCCAAGUCGCUAUGGGCCAAGCUGGACAAGCGAGCGAGUCACUCUGUCUACCAGCAGGGCCGGGCCUGCCCCAACAUCAAGUGCCUGGUGGUGGGCGCUGGACCUUGUGGGCUGCGGGCUGCUGUGGAGCUGGCCAUGCUGGGGGCACGUGUGGUGCUGGUGGAAAAGCGCACCAAGUUCUCGCGCCACAAUGUGCUCCAUCUCUGGCCCUUCACCAUCCACGACCUUCGGGCCCUCGGUGCCAAGAAGUUCUACGGGCGUUUCUGCACUGGCACCCUGGACCACAUCAGCAUCCGACAGCUGCAGUUGCUUCUGCUGAAGGUGGCAUUGCUGCUAGGGGUAGAAAUUCACUGGGGGGUCACUUUUACUGGCCUCCAGCCCCCGCCUAGAAAGGGGUGUGGCUGGCAGGCCCAGCUCCAGCCCAGUGUCCCAGCCCAGCUGGCCAACUAUGAGUUUGAUGUUUUAAUCUCGGCUGCAGGAGGUAAAUUUGUCCCUGAAGGUUUUAAGGUCCGAGAAAUGCGUGGCAAACUGGCCAUUGGCAUCACGGCCAACUUUGUGAAUGGACGAACUGUAGAGGAGACGCAGGUGCCUGAGAUUAGCGGCGUGGCCAGAAUCUACAAUCAGAGCUUCUUCCAGAGCCUGCUCAAAGCCACAGGCAUUGAUCUGGAGAAUAUCGUGUACUACAAGGAUGACACUCACUACUUUGUGAUGACAGCCAAGAAGCAGUGCUUGCUGCGGCUAGGCGUGCUGCGCCAGGACUGGCCAGAGACCGAUCGUCUGCUGAGCAGUGCCAAUGUAGUGCCCGAGGCUCUGCAGCGCUUUGCCCGGGCAGCUGCUGACUUCGCCACCCAUGGCAAGCUCGGGAAGCUGGAGUUUGCCCAGGAUGCUCAUGGGCAGCCUGAUGUCUCUGCCUUCGACUUCACGAGCAUGAUGCGUGCAGAGAGUUCUGCUCGGGUGCAGGAGAAGCAUGGUGCCCGCCUGCUGCUGGGGCUGGUGGGGGACUGCCUUGUGGAGCCUUUCUGGCCCCUGGGCACUGGAGUGGCCCGAGGCUUUUUGGCAGCAUUGGAUGCAGCCUGGAUGGUGAAGCGGUGGGCAGAAGGCGCUGGACCCCUAGAGGUGCUAGCAGAGCGUGAGAGCUUGUACCAGCUCCUGUCUCAGACGUCCCCAGACAACAUGCACCGCAAUGUGGCUCAGUAUGGGCUGGACCCAGCCAGCCGCUACCCCAACCUGAACCUCCAGGCUGUGACCCCCAAUCAGGUCCGAGACCUGUACGAUGUGGCGGCCAAGGAGCCUGUGCAGAGGAGCGACAAAAUAGACACGGGGAAGACCACUCUUGGGGCAGCCGGCACCCAGGAGGAGCUGCUACGCUGGUGCCAGGAGCAGACAGCUGGAUACCCGGGAGUCCGUGUCACAGACCUAUCUUCUUCCUGGGCAGAUGGGCUGGCUCUGUGCGCCCUGGUGCACCAUCUGCGGCCUGACUUACUGGAACCCUCGGACCUGCAGGGCCUGGGGGCUCUGGAAGCGGCCACCUGGGCGCUGAGGGUGGCAGAGCAUGAGCUGGGCAUCGCGCCCGUGCUGUCGGCUCAGGCAGUGGUGGCAGGGAGCGACCCGCUGGGCCUCAUUGCCUACCUCAGCCACUUCCACAGUGCCUUCAAGAGCAUGCCCCCCAGACCAGGCCUGGCCAGUCAGAUCUCUCCAGGGACUCCCAAUGCUGUUCUAUUCCUUGGCAAGCUCCAGAGGACGCUGCAGCGCACCCGGGCUAAGGAAAAUGGGGAGGAAGCUGGUGGCAAGAAGCCUCGCCUGGAGGCAGAGGCUGAGACUCCAAAGACAGAGGAAGCACCUGCCCCAGAAUCCAUUGUACCCCAGCCACCCCCAUCCCAACAGCCGGAGGAGGCUGGUGCCGGGGACUUGUGUGCGCUUUGUGGAGACCGCCUCUAUGUCCUGGAGCGCCUCUGUGCUGACGGCCGCUUCUUCCACCGAAGCUGCUUCCGCUGCCACACCUGUGAAGCCACACUGUGGCCGGGCAGCUACGGGCAGCACCCUGGAGACAAACAUUUCUACUGCCUCCAGCACCUGCCCCAGCCAGACCACAAAGAGGACAUCAGAGAUGGGGGCUCGGAGAAUCUGGAACUCCCUACAGCAGGUGAUGACAGCACACCACCAGGCCCCUUGGCUCCCACAGACCCACAGGAGGGGGCCAGUCCCCUUCCGAGGCCCACCCGUCGGUUGAUCCGUCUCUCCAGCCCUGAACGCCAGCGGCUGUCCUCCCUUAACAUCACCCCUGAUGCGGAAAUAGAGGCUCCACCCAAGCCACCACGGAGCUGUGCUGCCUUGGCCCGCCAGGCCCUGGAGGGCAGCUUUAUGGGGUGGGGUGUGCCCGCCCAGAGACCUCAAGAUCUGAUGAUCUUGGAGAAGGAGGAAGAAGAGAGUAUAUCAUCCAGUGAAGAGGAAGAGGAAGAAGAUGAUGGUGUGCCAGUUGACUUGGAGCUGGAGCAGGCCUUGAUGACUUUGGCAAAAAAUUCAGGCACCAUGGUCAAGUACCCAACGUGGCGCCGGACUCUGCUGCGCCGGGCUAAGGAGGAGGAGAUGAAGAGGUUCUGCAAGGCUCAGGCUGUCCAGCGGCGACUCAAUGAGAUCGAGGCUUCUCUGAGGGAUCUGGAGGCCGAGGGUGUGCAGCUGGAGCUCGCCCUCAGAAGCCAGGGCAGCACCCCAGAACAGCAAAAGAAACUAUGGUUGGAGCAGCUGCUACAGCUCGUUCAGAAGAAAAACAGCCUAGUGGCUGAGGAGGCUGAGCUCAUGAUCACGGUGCAGGAGCUGAACCUGGAGGAGAAGCAGUGGCAGCUGGACCAGGAGCUACGAGGCUACAUGAACCUGGAAGAAAGCCUCAAGACAGCUGCUGACCGACAGGCUGAGGACCGGGUCCUGAAGAAGCUGGUGGAUGUGGUGAACCAACGAGACGCCCUCAUCCGCUUCCAGGAGGAGCGCAGGCUCAGCGAGCUGGCCUUGGGGCCAGGGACCCAGGGCUAGACGAGGAGGCUUCCCAGCAGACAGUGACACACCCAUCUGUUCAAC